AUGGAGACUCAUGUUGAUUCUUCGAAGGUAUAUGAGGUUUGUAAAAAAGUUUUUCAUGAUUGGAGUUGGGCUUCUAAUGCCAGUUGUUGUAUGAAAGGUACUCGUAUAAUCAUAGGAUGGGAUGCGAAUGUGGUCGAUGUGAUGAUUUUGGAUCAGUCCGAUCAGGUAAUCCAUACCCAAAUCAUGUUUAAGGUGGAUAAAAAAUCAUUUUUUUGUUCCUUCAUUUACGCUGAUAAUAACUAUAAGAACAGAAGAAUCCUUUGGCAAAAUCUUUAUGGGCAUCAUUCCUUCAUUUGGGAUAAACCGUGGGGGUUAAUGGGAGACUUUAAUGCUGCUACGUUCUUGGAAGAUUCGCUUUCUGGGUCCUCAAGUACUAAUAUAGCCUCAAGGGAAUUUAAGGAAUGUUUAGAGAAGGUAGAGGUUUUUGAUGUGAACUGUUAUGGCUUGCAUUUUACAUGGACUAAUAGACGAGAUAAAGGUGAUGCCGUAUACAAGAAAAUUGAUCGAAUUCUUGGUAACGUGCAUCUUAUUGAUGCUUUUCCUGCAGCGGCGGCUUAUUUUCAUCCUUAUCGUAUUUCGGAUCACACUCCUUGUUUUUUAUUGCUUCCGAAUGUUGCAAGGGAUAGGCCGAAACCAUUUAAAUUUGUUAAUUUGCUGGCUGAAAAGGAUGGGUUUCUGGACGAGGUUAAACAGGUUUGGAGUAAAGAGGUAGAUGGGUUUCGGAUGUUUCAAGUUGUUAACAAACUAAGGAUGCUGAAAACUCCAUUAAGAAAAUUAUUUUAUAAGCUGGGAAAUUUGCAUGGUAAGGUUGUUAGUGCUAGAAAAGCUUUGGAUGAUUGUCAGAUUUCUAAAGAUGCUGAUCCGUUGAACAAUGAGCUGAAUGUCCAGCAUGGUCAGCUUCUUCAAGAAUACAAGGAUGAUGUGCAUGAUAAAAGUUCAUAUUUACAACAAAAGUCUAAAGUUGAGUGGUUAUCAUUGGGGGAUACGAACUCCAAGUAUUUCCAUAAUAUUGUUAAAGCGAAGAAUCACAAAAGUAGGAUUUUUGCGAUAAGAGAUGUGAAUGGUAUUUUACACAAGGGCGGAAUGGUUCCUAAAGCGUUGGUGGAUCAUUUUUCUAUGUUUUUCGGUUCUGUUGGAGAGGUUAGUAUGCAACCAGCUCCUGAUUUGUUUCGGAAAGUGCUCUCGGAUGAGAAGGCUAUGUUUAUGGCCCGUGAUAUUACGGAUGAGGAGAUUAAAGGUGCCAUGUUCGCGAUCGCUGGGAACAAAGCCCCGGGCCCGGAUGGGUUUACAUCGGUGUUUUUCAAAAAAAUCUUGGGAUGUAGUGGGUAA